AUGUCUGUGAGGUUGUUCUUUUUGUCUUGUAGACCCCAGGUUCACUCCCAGGUACUCGUCGCACAGCCCCGUGUAGGUCAAUUGGGUCAGAACCGCGCUCACAAGGUCCACGGACCGGUCCAGGCACACAAAGUCCACGUUUCUGUUCAUGAACGAGUGCUGGUCCAGGAAAAGAGUGUCGUCCUGGUCCAAGAUGAGUUUCUUUGUUUUGGCAUCCACUUUGGUCAAAUGAGCCUGUUCGACUGGAUCACCAAGUCCAACAGUGCGCUUGCCAGCUGGUCCAGCGGCGCAAUUGACCCAGCAAACAGGUCUCCCAGGCCACCCUGGGAAAGACACAGACUGAGCACGUCCGGCUCGAGCGCCAGCGGUCUCAAUUCGGGCCAAAAGUACACACUCACGUCGCCCUUGAUGCCGAGAUUCUCUAUGACUAGCUCCGUGGCGGUGACUAGCCGGCUGGCAACAAUAAGCGACACCUGGUGGGUCUUGGAGAAGGGCAAGAUCUUGCGCUUCAAAAUGCCGGCCACCGAGUCCAGCAUCUCCAUACUGCCCUCACAUAAAAACACAAUGCUAGGGAACAAGGGCAGCAGGUGUUCGUGGUCGAACAAUGCAUCAUCUAUCCAUAUGACUUUACUAAUCUUUGUAAGUUUCUUCAAGUUGGAGAAACUGGUUAAGAAAUCGAUCGACCGAGACAGAUCCUUCUGCACCACAAACAGAUGUUCGGACGCAGUGCCUAGCAACGAUAUCUGGCGGAAUAUGGCGCCCAAUUCCUCCAAAGCGCUCUGA